GACCUACAGCCUGUCAGUUGCCCAGCACGCAAAGGACCAUUUCGCCACUGUAAGCUUGAAAGAUCUACACUCCCAAAGAUGGCUGACACAAACCAACAAAGCCCUCCUCCCCAGCCAGGGCCCAUGCAAUUUUUAAUGAGCAACAAGCUGGAAACUGCAAUGUGGCUGUCACGGCUCUUCACCGUCUACUGCUCCGUAAUGUUUAUUCUACCAAUUUUGGGACCUUAUGCAGCAGCAAACUUCUAUCAGAGAGCCUUGUUAGCGAACGCCCUCACCAGUGCUCUUCGCUUGCAUCAAAGGCUUCCGCGCUUCCAGCUGAGCAGAGCUUUCCUGGCCCAGGCUCUUCAAGAGGACAGCUGCCAUUACCUGCUCUACUCACUCAUCCUGGUCAACUCCUACCCCAUCACAAUGAGCAUCUUCCCAGUCUUCCUCUUCUCCUUGCUUCAUGCAACGACCUACACAAAGAAAGUCCUUGACUCCGUGGGCCCCAGCAGCCUGAUGUUCAUCAGAAACCUCCUGGACAAACUAACAUCCAAUCAGCAGAACAUCCUGAAGUUCAUCGCCUGCAAUGAGAUAUUCUUGAUGCCAGCCACUGUUUUCAUGCUCUUCAGUGGCCAGGGAAGUUUGCUGCUGCCUUUCAUUUACUACCGAUUCCUCACUCUCCGCUACACAUCCAGAAGAAACCCAUACUGCCGCACCUUGUUCACAGAGCUGCGAAUUCUUCUGGAGCACUUCAUCAUGAAACCUGCCUGUCCCGCCUUCUUCAGGAGAAUGUGCCUCAGCAGUAUCGCCUUCAUCAGCCGCCUCGCCCCCACGGGCGUCUGAUUACACUAUGUAAAAGUUUUGUUUUCUUUUUGUUUUUUCCACCAUUUAGGAUGUGACUUAAACUUUGAUGGGGACAGACAAUGCCAUCAACAGAAGGAACUGUUUUCUGAAUGUCAGCUUUACAGCCUGUGCUCCAACUUCUCUGUAUAUUUGAGUACAGUUGAAGAGCAGCCAGUAAUGCACUGAAGUCUCAUGGUGAUAUUUCUUUUCCCAUCUUCCUAAUGUGACCUCAUUCAAGCAGUGGACACCCCUCACUUUGUUACGUUCACUGAAAGGAGCACAGUAAACAUCAUCUGUGUUCGGCUGUUAUCGGCUGUUGUACUUUCCUUUUAUGUCCUUAUUUAUUCAUGAAAAUUGCUUAUUCUGUGAUGAAACAUUAACAUUCUGAGAUUAGUAACUUAAAUGAAAAUGUUCUUAUACAUUAUUAAAAUUGUUCUUUUUUAAAAAAUAAUCAUGUUGUACUUGAAUGGAUGGAGAAUGCGGUUUGUUUGCAGUUUCUACCUAGUCUAAUUUCUUUUUUAUGUACAAAGCAUCUGAUGUUCUAAUUUGUCUGAAUGCCUGACUUUAAAUGUAUUCUAUCAUUGCCAUCAUUUAACAACAUGCAGAAUCUACGUAGCUAUGGUGUCAAAAUGGGUGUUGAAUUGAGAAACAAGAUAUCUGCUGUAUUUUAUAGAAUAUUUUAAGGCACUAGCCAUUUUUCAGUUUGAAUGAAUUACACAAUGCAUGUCAUCCUUAUGAAUGCAUUCUGACCUUGUUUCUCAGUUUGAAAACUGUUUUGAAUUUACUUCAUUUAUUUGUUGCUUGUGUAGAUUUCUCGCUCUUUGCAUGCUAUGAUUUUUGUUUUUCUGCCAUGUUAAAUGUGUUUAUUUGCCUACAAACAAACCACAUUUUUAUGACAAGAAUAAAAUGAUCUCUUAAUUAAACCAAUAAAAUAUUAAAGUAUA